CGACAUGCCACCUUCUCCAUGCCCAACCUGAGACUGUGUGAUAAGCCUGAGACAUAAAGGAGGCUGGGCCCUGCCACGCUGACAGCAGCCACACCUCUGCAGAGAGAAUGGCCAGCAGGAAGGCGGGGACCCGAGGCAAAGUGGCGGCCACCAAGCAGGCCCAACGUGGUUCUUCCAACGUCUUUUCCAUGUUUGAACAAGCCCAGAUCCAGGAGUUCAAGGAAGCCUUCAGCUGUAUCGACCAGAAUCGUGAUGGCAUCAUCUGCAAGGCAGACCUGAGGGAGACCUACUCCCAGCUGGGGAAGGUGAGUGUCCCAGAGGAGGAGCUGGACGCCAUGCUGCAGGAGGGCAAGGGUCCCAUCAACUUCACCGUCUUCCUCACGCUCUUUGGGGAGAAGCUCAAUGGGACAGACCCCGAGGAAGCCAUCCUGAGUGCCUUCCGCAUGUUUGACCCCAGUGGCAAAGGGGUGGUGAACAAGGAAGAGUUUAAGCAGCUUCUCCUGACCCAGGCAGACAAGUUCUCUCCAGCUGAGGUGGAGCAGAUGUUCGCCCUGACACCCAUGGACCUGGCGGGGAACAUCGACUACAAGUCACUGUGCUACAUCAUCACCCAUGGAGACGAGAAAGAGGAAUGAGGGGCAGGGCCAGGCCCACGAGGGGGUACCUCAAUAAACUCUGUUGCCAAAUUGGAA